AUGGUGAUCACCUUGAAAAGACUCGUAGCCAUCGCGAUGAAAUGGCAGAAGAUUGCCGGCGUAGAGAGGAGAAGAAGAACAAUCUCGUUGCCUAGAAUGAGCCAUAUUGUCCGUGGUGGUGGUGGUGGUUUACCUCACAAGGGCCAUUUUGUUGUUUACUCGGCCGAUAAGAGACGUUUUGUUGUUCCAUUGACAUGCUUGAAUUGCACCAUUUUCAGAGAGCUCUUGAGAAUGUCUGAGGAAGAGUUUGGGCUACCGGGAGAUGGUCCUAUCACGUUGACAUGUGAUGCUGCGUCCAUGGAGUAUAUUGUGUCAGUGAUUAAAAGAGAGGUUUCGAUUGAGCUUGAAAAUGCACUUUUGUUGUCGUUGUCUGUGCAGAGAAAAUGGAUAUCAACCAAAGCUUGUUCUACCGCCAAGUAUCAACUCUGCAAUAGCUUCACCCACUAA